AUGCCACCAGCUCAUCUCCCUCCUACACCCGCCGCAUCUGGCGAGCUCAUUAUCAAGGACUCUUCCUUUCAGGCUAUAGACGCCAUGUCUGAGCACUCAUUUGCAUUACCACCCGCCGCAUUGAGCGACAGUGGGAUUGCCAACGGCCCAAACAGUCGCAAGGGGUCAAUGAUAUCACAGCCACCUAUUUCACCUGCAUCACCUGAGCGCAAGACAAGUGUAAGCUCUACUGCUCGCGCGGGGACGAAACGCACUGCUGCAGGUACGACGACGGUUACAUCUUCGUCAGCGGCACUGGAUGAGUUUAAUCUGCCACCUCCUCCGACGAGGUCAAGGAAGAUUAUACAGAUGAAACCCAAGACUGCGCCGACUAAUCGUAGCACACCAGCAGCUGCGACAGCAACAGCAAACAAACAAUCUCCGCCAAGGAAACAGUCAACAGCCAAAUCAGGCUCAGUUUCGACUGCAACUAUGUCGAAAACAGGAAACAAUGCCACAGCUACUCCAGCAGAAGCAGCUACCACUAAUGACGCCACUUCUCCUCAACAACAGUCGAAAAGAAAACAGCCCAGUGCUACUUCAGCAGCUGGACGCAAGAUUGCGCGCAAAACAGCGCAUAGUCUAAUUGAACGACGGAGACGGUCUAAGAUGAAUGAGGAGUUUGCGACGUUGAAGGAUAUGAUACCCGCCUGUCGGGGACAGGAGAUGCACAAGCUUGCUAUUCUUCAGGCAAGCAUUGAUUAUAUGAACUACCUGGAAGAAUGCAUCACCGAGCUCAAAAACAAUGCCUCUACAGCAGCAGGACGGACAAACUCCGUCUCCAAAAAGCCCAGACUAAACAAUCCUCCCCUCGCACCACCAUCACCAACAUCACCUGAAACACUUGUUCCCUUGACAAACGAAGAUUCAUCAUCAUCAGGUUCCUCAUCACCUGAACCUGUUCAAGACAACAGGACAACCCACUCCGCAACAUCAACAUACUAUUCCUCCCCAUCCUUCUCCCCUUACACAGGACCCAUAACCUCUUCUUCCUCGCAACAACAAAUCCAAUCCCUAGACGGAAUCAAUCAUCCCAUCCUCCCAUCCCCAGCUUUACGUCCCUUGUACUCUCCCCAAAUCCGCGCCCAACAACAACAAACAGAUCUACAAACACAACUCCAAUCCUAUCGCGUACCACAACAACAAAUCGCAUCUACCACACCGUCACCCGCUAUUCUACCCCAACAACAACACCAGCAGCAACAUCGACAAAGUAUAUCAUCCAUUCAUACAGCGGCGAGUAUGGCGAGUCCCGUCUUCGUGGCUCAUGAUAGUAUAAUCGACCAAGAAGCGAGUGCGGCGUUGUUAAUGCUCAAUAUGGAUCGGCGGGGGGCAUCAAUGAGUGAAGCUGGAGGAGGGAAUGAAGAUAGGAAGUUUAGUUUGGCUUCUUCGUCGUCAUCUUCGGCGAGGGAUAAGAGGAUGGGUAUGAGUGUGAGGGAUUUACUUACCUCAUGAGCUUAUUAUGAGCAAGUUCAUCAAGUUUAUUACUCUAUUUUGAUAGAUUUGUGUUCUUGUAUACCUGAUGUUAUGGAUUACGGGCAAGUAAAUGAAUAGUGAAUGAACAAGCAAAAAUGAAGCUUUUAUC